AUCUAUAGACACCUACAGAAACCCACACACAUAGAGACACCCAGCCUGUCACACAGACAUCCAUAGACACCUACAGAAACCCACACUCAUAGAGACACCCAGCCUGUCACACAGACAUCUAUAGACACCUACAGAAACCCACACACAUAGAGACACCCAGCCUGUCACACAGACAUCCAUAGACACCUACAGAAACCCACUCUCAUAGAGACACCCAGCCUGUUACACAGACAUCCAUAGACUCCUACAGAAACCCACACACAUAGAGACACCCAGCCUGUCACAUAGACAUCCAUAGACACCUACAGAAACCCACUCUCAUAGAGACACCCAGCCUGUUACACAGACAUCCAUAGACUCCUACAGAAACCCACACUCAUAGAGACACCCAGACUGAUACAUAGAUGGCUAGGCAGACAGACACCCAGCCUGGCGUGUAGACAACCAGAUUAUAUCACAAGACCACCGCAAACUGACCUACAGACGCUUAGACUGCUAUUCUGAGGAUGCAAUAGACACCUGGAUUUUUUUGCCAACACCAAGAUUGGGGUAGUCCAUUUAACAUACAGACAGCCGGAUGGCAUACAGACAUCAAAACUGUUCCAAGAUGGCGUCCGAUCUGGGCAGCAGCCUCACCUCCAUAGACUGGCUUCCACAGCUCACAAUCCAGGCGGCCAUGAAGGGCUCCCAACAAAACAACGCAGGGCGUAAGGGCCCAGGAUCCCCCACAGACCCCAGUGCCAUGCUGAGCAAGGAGGAAGCUGCAGCGCACCGUGAUGGGAAGCCCCCUUACAGCUACGCCAACCUCAUCCAGUACGCCAUCAAUUCUGCUCCAGCCAAACGCAUGACCCUCAGUGAGAUUUACCGCUGGAUCUGUGACAACUUCCCAUAUUAUCGCAAUGCUGGCGUGGGCUGGAAGAACUCAAUACGACAUAAUCUGUCCUUAAAUAAAUGUUUUAGGAAAGUUCCACGCCCCAGAGAUGAUCCCGGAAAGGGAUCCUACUGGAUGAUCGACAGUUGCCCAAAAGAAGACGUAGCUCUGCCUCGCAGGAAAAGGCCGCAUCCCGACGAUGAGGUUUCCCAGGAUUCAUUUGAACAAGAUGUCAACAAAAGCCCCCUAAGGUCAGCCAGUGAGGUGUCUAUGCCCCAAGAAGGCACCCAAGGGCAUCCUAUGAAUAAUAACUCCCCUCUCCCUUCCUACAGCCAGGCCAACCCCACUCAGAUGCCACCAGAUUCCCGGGCUCCUACGUACAACAACAACGACUGCUACAAGUUCUCCUUCUCAGAAAGCACCUUCCCAGAUCUGGGCUGUUCCUUCCGGAGUCUGUAUCACUCUCUGCUGGGCAAACAGGGGGAGAGAGGAGACAAGGAUCUGUACAACUCUAUGCAGAGCAAGCAGGUUCUGCCCCCUGUACAUUCAGAGGUACAGUCAUCGAGCUGCUGUAUGUACCAGCAGAAUUCUGGUGCUGCUCCCUCUAACCUGCAUCCUCACAACGUCCCCAGUAUCAGUGGCCCGCCCCCUCCUCACCAUCAAGCUCAACACCAGCAACCCCCAUAUCUGCCCCAGCAGCAAAUGCCUCGCCCCCCAGCUCCUGGCAUGUCUUUGGGGCUUCCCAGCGACUGGUGCUCCAACAUCGACUCUUUAAAGGAAAGUUUCAAGAUAGUCAGCAGUUUGGACUGGUCCAGUGUGGAUCUGUCCCAGUUCUCAGAUCUGAUGGAGAGUCUGCGCCAGGCUGAACUGAAGAACUGGAGCCUGGACCAGGAUCACAUUGCCAGCCUGUGUGACUCCCUGAGCCAUCUGCUGAGUACAACUGGCCUCCUUCCCCCGACCCAUGGACAGCCUCCAUCUUGCCAGGCUCCCUGUAUGCCACCAACUACCAGCAGUGCCUGCGCUCUACGGGGAGGGAAGCCUGUACAUAACAUGACAGUAAAUUCAUACGGGCAGAAUCAGCCUCCUCCCGUGUCCUGCGGUCACACUUUCACCGCUUCCUCCGGUUAUCCCAUCCAAUCCCAGGCACCGCCGACCUACAGCCAGCAAGGACGCCACCCACAACGCGCUUUGUACCCGCCCCAACGUCCAACACUCCGUUACCCACAGAGCAGCGACGACAUUCAGGAUGAUUUUGACUGGGACUCCAUUGCCUAGAGACAUUACCCAAUCACCCACUGGGGGGUACAAAACAAAGAAAAAAGAGGCAAGGGGCCUAAGUAUCCCCUCCCCGUGUAUAAUAUAUAUGAAUAUAUAUAAAUGUAUAUCUUCGCCUGACAAUCAGGGACAAAAGCCACGCCGUACCACGUGGGGACGGCCUGUUUAUCAACAAAACCCUUUCUGCUAAACCACAGCCUAAUGCCUUUUGCUGCAUUGUGAAGAUUGUGACUUCCCAGCCAAUGUAUCUGCCAUCAGCCGAGCACAGAUGUGCCAAGGACAGAGGAAACGGGCACCCAGCAGGGGGCGCCCACUGGGAGAAGCAUGGGUAACUUCAUUUCAUUUAUUUACAUGGCACACACGCUCCGCACCUCGGCCCCACUUGUCCUGUGAGCAACAGCGGCUCCGGAACCCUAGUGGCCAGCUUGGAGGGCAGUGACGGGGGAGAUUCCUGACGGCUUCACCGGAUAGAAGAAUAGAUGGACUCACAAAGGCCCAGGGGGAAUGGUUCGGUUGUGCCCACAGUUGUGUUUUAUUAACCAAUCUCGUGUUUUGGCACUUGGGAUUUUCUUAUUAUUUACUUGUGUGUGUGUGUGUGUGUGACCCUUUAAUUGUGCGUUGGACUGCGAGCCGGAACAGAAGAUGAGUUCAUUCUAGUAUUAAAUACCACGUUAUCCUCUUCUCCCACUGUGUAAAUACGGUGCCUUGGAUCCCUACUAGCAAGUGCCGCUCUGACGCAAUCUGUGCGCAUACAGACAGGAACACAAAUAAUGCUGCAGGUACAAAGGGGUUAACAGGAAAGUGUACCGAAAAUACAAGCUGCUUCUAUAUGA